UUUUCUGAAAAAAUUCUUUCAAAAAUGUUAACAAAUAAUAGAUUUCACUGUCCUACUUCACUAAACAUAAACAGAGAAACAACAAAUUCAUCAUCUUUGAUUGUUGGCCGGCAAGAGGAGCAACAAACAGAAGUUGAAGCUAAUAAUGUAAUAUUUAAAUAUGUUUUUAUACAAAACGAUGCAGCAAUGCAGGUAGCAGCUCAACAAUUCAUGCUUAAUGGGUAUGCUGCUGCCCGUACUCCUUUUGCCAUACAGGAAUUGUUAGGCUUGGUUGCGACAAAUUGUGAUCCACUAACUGCCAAUCAAAUCCAAAAUUCCUCCUCAUCAACGACAUCAGCAACUAGUAGCUGUUUUCUUCCCUUUCCCUCAACAACUUCUUCAUCUCUUUAUUGCCAAUCAUCAGCGUUUAUUGAUCAACAGCAAGCCCUUUUUCAAGGGCUAGAAUUAAUGCCUGGAAUGCAGGAAUUUAACGGAGCUGUAGAUUAUGCUGCUGGAUGUUUGUUACUUGGUGGGGGAGGAGGUGGAAAUGUUGGGGGAGAGGAAAACUGUAAUUUCUUUAAAAAACUUUUUAUUUUGAUUAAUUUAACGACCUCUCUCCUCCUAAGUAGUGCUGGGUAUGGCUCCGGGAGCUAG